CUCGCCACUCCUGCGCAACUAGUCGCACCGUGAACGCGAUCCACGGUACACUAUCAAGAUGCAGUGCUUCAUCUGCGUCACGUAUAUGAUAAUUUUAUGCAGCGCAAAUCCAACGAAAACCCGAGAAAUUGCAACAACCCACGAGAAACGUUCCCUAUUCCGUGAUGUUAUAGAAUCAUUAAGAAUCCAUUCUCAACUUCCUGAAGAAAUAAAUCAAAACGAUGAAAACAAUUUGUCUCAAAAUUUUGUACGAUACGACAACGAGCCAGCACAUUUACCAAGUGAUACUGAGUACAUUCCGAGACGUAAUGAUAGAAUUGAAAUGCCGUCGAUGAAGUAUCGAUUCCCAAAAAGUAUUGACACCAACAUCAGUGAGGUAAAGUCUCGAGAAGAAGUUGUAGUCUUCAUAGACACUAACAGACACAAAACAACAACCUCAAAACCAAAAAAGGAUAAACGUCCACGCCCACCGUAUAAUAAAAAUAAAAAUCCAAAUAAGAAUAAAGAAAAUGAGGACAACAUAAAUGAAGAAGGUGACGCUGACACUGAUAAUGAUGAUUAUACACCACUAACUAACACAAUGGCUGGACAAAGUCAAAUUGGUAAUAGGGAAUCUCAAACAGUUCUGAAACCAACAGUCAUCGUGAACAUUCGAGGAACUGUCACUCAUAGAGACAGUGAUAUCAGAAUUGAAGGAAGAGACGAAAAAGUUAACAGAACAGAACCCUUCCAGAACAUAUUCAACAUAAAUCAAGAAAUCAAAAUAGAAAAAGAAGGAAACAAGAAAAAGCCUACAAAUGUAAAGCAAGAAAUUAAAUUGGUUCCUGAUAAAGAAAACGCUAAAAUGGAUGAAGACAUGAUGAUGUGUGAAACUGCUACUUGGAAACCAGACAAAAACCAAGAGACCCGUAAAUUCGACAGUGUGCUUCAAAUUUUGUUUUCCAUUUAGUGGUAAUUUUACAGUUCGUUCACAAGGCAAUAAAUUACUAAGUGUAUUAGUUUAUAAAUUGAGUUAUAAUUGUGAUAGACUGAACAACUAGUGAUAAAAUGCUCAAUAACAAUUAAUCUUAAGUCUUUUAACAUGCAAUCAGAUAAAUAUCGGAUCAUUUAUGAAUUUGAUUAAGUUAAUUAUCUUGUAUCCCAUUCCAAAGUGUGUAUCAUUGAAAAGCAUAAUUCAUUUCAAUAAUGAUCAUUUGUAUUGAUAAAGUUGUCUACAUUAUAGGUUAGCUUUUAACAUUAUUAUUAAUUACAGUUAACAUUUCAUUACGCCUUUCACUGAUCUAUAGUUUAGAAGUUCAUUUUGAACCGUGACUUUAUGGUUCGUAAGAUUUAUACUGCUGACGUCAUUUAUACUUAGAGUGUAUAAUUAUUUGAAGACCAUUUCGUCAAUAGUGUAAGAAUUAGUAAGCAACUAUUGUUAUCUAAAUUUUAAUUAUAGUGUUUACUGUGUAUGAGAACUAAGUCGAACAAGUAAAAUAUAAACCAUGAA